CCGCCGGCCUUGCCAAUAACAAUAGAGGAAAUCUUGAGUUCUUCACAUUUCACACUUCACACUUCAUCGGCGGAGGAAGGAACCCAGCGAGAGAGAAAGAUGAACAAAAAGGAAAUAUUCAAGCUUGCCAAGGGUUUCAGGGGGAGGGCAAAGAACUGCAUAAGGAUUGCUAGGGAAAGAGUUGAGAAGGCACUUCAGUAUUCUUACAGAGACCGACGCACCAAAAAGCGUGAUAUGCGUUCCCUCUGGAUCGAACGCAUCAACGCUGGUACUCGUCUCCACGGCGUUAACUAUGGUAAUUUUAUGCAUGGGCUGUUGAAAGAGAACAUCCAGCUUAAUAGGAAAGUCCUAUCAGAGUUGUCAAUGCAUGAGCCUUAUAGCUUCAAGGCCUUAGUUGAUAUAUCUCACAAUGCAUUUCCUGGAAACAAGAAAAUUGCAUCUUCUAUUCCUACUGCAAAGAAGGAAGGUCUUUCCAUCUUACUUGACUAAUGAUUCCAUCAUCCACUUCCCAUUUCUUUUAAUGUAGUAAGCCAGACAUUGAAGUGCAAACAAACGGGUAAUCCAAUCCAUAAUUAGUACUGGAUGCUGAAUAAAAAUGGUUUUGAUAAAUAUAUUCGGCAUUUUGUUUCGGGUUGUGUUGUUUGUAAUAGUUAAUGCGGAAAAUGUUACUUGUUAUAAACUUUUGAACAUUUUUUGUU